CUAUAGUACAUGAAGAAUCACCAGAUCAUCCAGGAAGCGCAGUCGAUUGUGGUGUCACGAUGAGUCUUUCAAAGUGUUAAAAAGGAAAAGGGGCACUGAAACGCUUAAAGGCCUUGUCUUUGACCCGAGAAUGCUUGAGAAAGAGAAGUUCCAUGAGCCAUGGCAUCUGAAAACAGAUGCCUUUAGCAAUAUGGAUAAUCUAAUGAUACUACAACUCAACAAUGUGCAACUUGGUGGGUCUUAUGAGGAUUUUCCAGAAGAAGUAAGAUGGCUGUGUUUGCAUGGGUACCCUCUGAAGUCGAUACCUUCAGACAUACCAAUGGAGAAGCUGGUUGUUCUCGACAUGUCUAAUAGCAGAAUCGAAUCAUUUGCCGCUUGCUGUAAUAGUUGUAACCCUCAACCAAUUGAGGGUGGGCAAAAGAAGUUGGUUGGAUCGUGUUCAAAAGACAAAAGAAUCCUCCCAUCAUUGAAGAUUCUUGAUCUGAGUUUCUGUGAACAUCUUCAUAAACUCGGUGGAUUUUAUGAACUCCCAAAACUUGAGAGGUUAAUAGUUAGAAAUUGCAUACGUUUGAUUGAGAUUUGUGAAUCACUUGAGGAAUGUGUUGAACUUGUUCACAUCGAUCUGAGUUACUGCGUAAAGCUAGAAAAGCUUCCGACAGCAAUAGGUAAGUUGAAGAAGGAUUACAAGCUAUUGCUGGAUGGUUGCAAUGAGUCUAUUCUGCAACAAUUGGUUCCCUCUGCGAUUUCAUUUCCCAGCGCGUUAGUAGAAUUAUCUCUUGCAGAUUGUAAUUUGUCCAACGAAUCAUUUCCGAUGGACUUAAGCUGCCUAUCUAGAUUAAAGGAAUUAUGUUUAGAUGGGAAUCCUAUCGUUUCUAUGCCUGAUUGUGUAAGAAGCCUUUGUAGUCUUGAGGGACUUAGUAUGACCCACUGCAAUACUCUGAUGUCAAUCGAGCGUCCACCAUCUACGCUAAAAUUGUUGAACAUUUUUGGGGGAUCUUCUUCUUUUCAGAGAGUUACAUUUGAUCCAGAUAUGUCUCCAAUCUGGAUAGUCAUAGGUCAUUCAUCCCGAGGUUGGUCAUAUGAAAUAGAAGGGAUGGUGAAAAUCCAACCGCUGGAAAGUGUUGAGGAAAAGGUGUUAUCUACUUUGGGCUGGUCUCACUUAUUAGAUGAUUUACUCCUUAGGCAAGCUGUAGUUUAUCAUGACUACCGUAGAGGACCACAUCAAAUUCAAAUCCAGAUGUGUUAUGAAUUUGGAAUAUUCAGCACAAUUUAUGGAGGCCAAGCGAUGAUGCCGGACUGUAUUAGCUGGAGUAUAAGCAGGCAGCCUUUGGAAAUUUCAGAAGACUUUGAAAUACCAUUUACAGUCCCUUCAUCUCCUAAAAAGAAGCAGCUCAGAGGUCUGAAUAUAUGCUACGUUCAGAGGAAGAGUGAUGAUCCAUCAUUUUAUUUGCCAGUAAUUAAAAUAAGUAAUGUAACAAAAGACAGCAGCUGGAUAUACCAGCAUUGUGUUGGUGAGAAUACGGAAAUCAAUGUAGGUGGAGGAAAGUGGGUAACAUAUUUGAGCCACUGGAUGUUUGGGAGGAAUGAAAUGGAACCUGGUGAUCUAGUAAUUAUUACCAUCAUGGAAGAUUUUUGGUGGGUAUUUAAUAAACCUACAAUGAAUUGUGGGGUGGGGUUUGUUUAUGAAGAUGAAAGCACAGAAGAAGAUGCAUUGGAAUAUUACAAGUCAUGGAAUCACAUCAUUGGUGACGACCUUUCUGCUUUUCAGUUAGAAACCGGAGAAUACUUCCUAUCUCAAAGAGGAUUUACACGACCCUCUAACCAGUACCCACCGACUUACCAGGGAAAAUAUGCCUCCUUAAAAUAUAAAGAGGAGUUCGUUUCAUUUAGAGCUUUCUCUAAGAGAAAAAGUCCCAAGCCUCCUCCCAACACUGCAAAGCGACAACGAUUGUCCGAUUGAAGCGACUAGCGUCUGGAGGAAAUUAAAGCCCAGUAAGUAGCAUUCUUUAACUUUUAUCAACUUCAUGUUUGUCCAACUUUAGUCCAUCAACCAUUUCUCUAUCACUUUAUGAAAUAAUGAUAUGUCCAUUUCGAGUUCCAAAUUUCAUGGUCUUUGGGAUAAAAGGAGAGUUACCAUAAUCUUGGAACAGGCUCUCCGAAAUGGCAACAUUAAACAUAUGCAUGGAAAUAAUGGCAAAAUUGGUAAUAUGUAGCUAGUUUGUUGUAUUUUAGUUGAAACAUCAUCUCGAUCGGCUUACGUAGAGCUUGUAGGCUGGGGGCGUAUCCUUUUGCUUUUUAAUUAGUUGUGGCUUUUUAGUUAUGUAACCUUAAUUUAAGUCAUGGAUUGUAUGUAUGAUUGUAAUUGGUUUGGUGAUAAAACACAAGGAUAUUUUGUACUCGAUUGAGGUGUUGUCACCAAUUAAUAUUGAAUUUCAUCCUCUUUGAGAUGAUUAUAUUUGCUAGUGGUA